GGAGUCGGUAGUCUCUUUGGAAACUUCUGCGGGGGUAAAAGAGCUAGGAAAAGCUGCAAAGCGGUUUGGGGUUUUUCCUCUUUUUUGCUCCUUCUAAUUUCCCUCUCCUCCGUUUGCACCCUUCUCCGGGAUUCGCGCCGAACCUGCGAAUUUCGAAGAGGUGGUUGCAGAGUGGGAGAAAAGAGGGGUUAGGGUUGGGUGUUUUUUUUUCUUCCUUUCUUUCUUUCUUUCUUUCUUGAUUUCAAUAUUUUCCCCUGCCCUUGCAGCUGCAGCCGCCACCUUCUACCUGUUCCGCGGCAGCCGCGCGCCGCUAGCAGCUGAAGUGUACUUUAGAUUUUAAACAACAUUUUUGAAGACAAACCUCUUUUUCUCCACCCCACCCCUCUCCUCCACAGCCUCCGAGCUCUUUAUUCCGGUGGUUGCUUUGGGGCGAACAAUUUUUGGCUUUUCCCCCAGCAGUUCUGACCAGGUCGGGCUUGGGGGCUGUUGGUCCGGUGCGUGCACCUGGCGCUGCUCUUUUGCCCUCAACCUGUUGCAAGGCUUGAAUCCCUGUGAUCGGGACUUGCUUGCAGGCACCCCAGCCCUCUCACUCUCCCCACAUUUUGCAAUUGUCUGGGGGAGGGCGCCUGCUCUACCUGCCAGAAUUUUUUUUUCAAUUUCCCCGGCGCCCUCCUAGCCCCUUUCUCCCCGCACUCUCGCUCUCCUGCCCCGCCCCGAGGUAAAGGGAGACUUGAAGAUGGUGCUCACCGCAGUCCUACUGCUGUUGGCCGCUUUCGCGGGGCCGGCCCAGGGCCUGGGCUCCUUCGUGCACUGCGAGCCCUGCGAUGAGAAAGCCCUCUCCAUGUGCCCCCCCAGCCCCCUGGGCUGCGAGCUGGUCAAGGAGCCGGGCUGCGGCUGCUGCAUGACUUGCGCCCUGGCCGAGGGGCAGUCGUGCGGCGUCUACACUGAGCGCUGCGCCCAGGGGCUGCGCUGCCUCCCCCGGCAGGACGAGGAGAAACCCCUGCACGCCCUGCUGCACGGCCGCGGGGUUUGCCUGAACGAAAAGACCUACCGCGAGCAAGUCAAGAUCGAUCGAGAAUCCCAGGAGCACGAGGACCCAACCACCGCUGAGGUGGCCGAGGAGACCUACGCCCCCAAGACCUUCCGGCCCCCCAAACACUCCCGCAUCUCCGAGCUGAAGGCCGAGGCCGUGAAGAAGGACCGCAGAAAGAAGCUGACCCAGGCCAAGUUUGUGGGGGGAGCUGAGAACACUGCUCAGACCCGGGCCAACGCUGCCCCUGAGAUGAGACAGGAAUCCGAGCAGGGCCCCUGCCGCAGACACAUGGAGGCUUCCCUGCAGGAGCUCAAAGCCAGCCCUCGGAUGGUGCCCCGUGCCGUGUACCUGCCCAACUGUGACCGCAAGGGAUUCUACAAGAGAAAGCAGUGCAAGCCUUCCCGUGGCCGCAAGCGUGGCAUCUGCUGGUGCGUGGACAAGUACGGGAUGAAGCUGCCAAGCAUGGAGUAUGUCGAGGGGGACUUCCAGUGCCACACCUUCGACAGCAGCAACGUUGAGUGAUGCGUCCCCUCCUCCUCUCCUCCCCUUCACCCCACCCCCCCCCCAGCCCCCACUCCAGCCAGUGCCUCCCUCC